AUGAAGCCAUUCGUUCCCCUUCUUUUUCCCACUUCCGCACUGGCUGGUUCGGUGCUGUGGAGUGGAGUCUUCAAUUCUUCCGACUCUGUCGCCGACUUGGAUGACUGGUCCUGGUCCAACCAAGUUGGAGCCUAUCAAUGGUACAUUCACGGCGACGGCAAGACCUCCGAAUACUUAGAGCUGUCGAGCGAUCUCAAGAACCCUGCUGCCAGCGAUGCCAAGGGACUACGGACCAGCAUCGAUGGAACCGCCACUUGGAACGGCCAAACCAUGGAGCGCACCGAACUGAUCCCCCAGACCUCCUCCGACCUGGGCUCCGGUCAUCUCUACUACCAUUUCUCGUUGUCCACGAAGACCACCAACGCGCCGAGCCCGUCUUUCGAGCACCAGAUCGCGUUUUUCGAAAGCCACUUCACCGAGCUGCAGUACGGUAGCUCCGGCGGCAAAGACAACACUCUUCGGUGGAACGCAGGGGGCGAAACGCAGUGGUCGGUCCAGCUCGAGGCCGGCCACUGGUAUAACUUUGCAUAUGACAUUGACUUUGACGCCCAAAAGGUCGGGCUCUGGGCCAGCAAUGGCUCGGACGCGUUGACCCAGGUCGUCAAGCCCGUUAGUGCAGAUGCCUCGUCCAACUCUGCGGACUGGCAUGUCGGUGUGUUGAGGCUGCCGGGCAGUAGUUCCAGUGAUGAGCAGGAGGACUUCUUCUGGUCGGGGGUGUAUGUGGAGGAGGGUCCUAUUACUACCAAGAUCGGAUCUGGUAGGUCCUCUGACUCGAAUUCUGAUGCUUCUUCCGAAGCUUCGACGACUCAAACAUCUGCUGUCAGCGCAUCUACCACCUUCGAAGCUGUCUCCACCGCUGAGCCGACAGGCACCAGUGCUGCAGCAUCGUCCGCCUCGGCUGCUGUGACGACCUCUGCUGUCCCUACACCAGUUCCUACUGAAACUACCCCUGCAAGCACGACUACUUCUUCGGCCUCCCUCCCAAGCCCGACGACUGCAUCGGAGCUUCUGGCUGACAUCGGAUCACUUUUGAAAUCUCUCAUCUCUCGUUCUGGGGUGCAUGCACGAGACUUUACUCGUUAG